UCAGGAGUGCCACCCCCUCUAUAAGCAAACAGCUCAGUGCCAGCCGGUCGAUAGGGUGUGGGUCAAAGCUCAUGCUGCCCCUGAUGUCCAAGUGUGGAGCUCUGUCCUUGGAGUUUCUCUGCCCCUCGGUUGGUCAGACCUGGAGGCGGGGCUGCCAUUGACCAUGAGCCUUCUGGGCCUCAGGCAGGACUGGGCCUCCCCCACCUGUCUGAGGGUGGUGCCUGGUCAGAGACAGGUUUAACCUGCUUUGCUCCGCCUCUUCCCACCUGCUUGUCCCACUCCAGGUGUUUGCUCUGGCCCCACUCCAAACUCCUGGAGUGUGUGUGUUGAGGGCUUGGGUUAUGUGUGAUUGCCCUCAUUUGGCCUGGAGGAGGUGACAGUGGACUGGAACAAGGUUGGGGGGUGAGGGGAAGGGACAUAGGGCUAGGCUCAACAGGUGUGGCUUCUUCUUCCCAGGCAGGAUAGGGUUGAACAUCUGGCUGAACCAGCUUUGCAGCCUGCCUCCUUCCUCCUCCUACCCUCACUUCCUGCCUGCCCAGCUGUGAAUCUGUGUUUCUCUCUCCCCACUCCCUAUCCCCAGUUCUCACAGCUGGUGAAUGGGGAUGUGGCUCUGCUGGGCGGGGGCCCCUACAUGCUCUGCACUGAUGGGCAGCAGCUAUUGCGACAGGUCCUGCACCCUGAGGCCUCCAGGAAGAACCUGGUGCUCCCCGACACAUUCUUCUCCUUCUACGACCUCCGAAGAGAGUUCCAUAUGCAACAUCCAAGUACCUGCCCUGCCAGGGACCUCACUGUGGCCACCAUGGCACAGGAUUUAGGACUGGAGACAGAUGCCACAGAGGAUGACUUUGGGGUCUGGGAAGUGAAGACAAUGGUAGCUGUUAUCCUCGAUCUACUCAAAGAGUCCAGCAGUCAAUUGUUUUCGAAGCCCGAGGUGAUAAAGCAGAAAUAUGAGACGGGGCCUUGCUCUGACAGCACUGUGCCCUGCCUCUACAGCAGCAAGGCAGAUGUGGUGGACAGUGAGACUGUGGUACGGGCUCGUGGGUUGCCCUGGCAGUCAUCAGACCAGGACGUGGCUCGCUUCUUCAAAGGGCUCAACGUGGCCAGGGGUGGUGUAGCGCUCUGCCUCAACGCCCAGGGCCGCAGAAAUGGUGAGGCCCUCAUCCGCUUUGUGGACAGCGAGCAGCGGGACCUAGCGCUGCAGAGACACAAGCAUCACAUGGGCGUCCGCUAUAUUGAGGUGUAUAAGGCGACAGGGGAGGAGUUUGUAAAGAUCGCAGGGGGCACAUCACUAGAGGUGGCUCGUUUCUUGUCACGGGAAGACCAAGUGAUCCUGCGGCUGCGGGGACUGCCCUUCUCGGCUGGGCCAAUGGACGUGCUAGGCUUCCUGGGGCCAGAGUGCCCAGUGACUGGGGGUGCCGAGGGGCUGCUCUUUGUGCGCCACCCUGACGGCCGGCCGACUGGUGAUGCCUUCGCCCUCUUUGCUUGUGAGGAGCUGGCACAGGCUGCACUGCGCAGGCACAAGGGCAUGCUGGGUAAGCGAUACAUUGAACUCUUCCGGAGCACUGCAGCCGAGGUGCAGCAGGUCUUGAACCGCUAUGCAUCUGGCCCACUCCUUCCCACACUGACUGCCCCACUGCUGCCCAUCCCCUUCCCACUGGCACCUGGGACUGGGAGGGACUGUGUACGCCUCCGAGGCCUGCCCUACACGGCCACCAUUGAAGACAUCCUGAGCUUUCUGGGGGAGGCAGCAGCUGACAUCCGGCCCCAUGGUGUGCACAUGGUGCUCAACCAGCAGGGCCGGCCAUCGGGCGAUGCCUUCAUCCAGAUGACAUCAGCAGAGCGAGCCCUAGCUACUGCUCAGCGUUGCCAUAAGAAGGUGAUGAAGGAACGCUACGUGGAGGUGGUCCCCUGUUCCACAGAGGAGAUGAGCCGUGUGCUGAUGGGGGGCACCUUGGGCCGCAGUGGCAUGUCCCCUCCGCCCUGCAAGCUGCCCUGCCUCUCACCACCUACCUACGCCACCUUCCAAGCCACCCCAACCCUCAUUCCCACGGAGACGGCAGCUCUAUACCCCUCUUCAGCACUGCUCCCAGCUGCCAGGGUACCUGCUGCCCCCACCCCUGUUGCCUACUAUCCAGGGCCAGCCACUCAACUCUACCUGAACUACACAGCCUACUACCCAAGCCCCCCAGUCUCCCCCACCACUGUGGGCUACCUCACCACACCCACUGCUGCCCUGGCCUCUGCUCCCACCUCAGUGUUGUCCCAGCCAGGAGCUUUGGUCCGCAUGCAGGGUGUCCCAUACACAGCUGGUAUGAAGGAUCUGCUUAGCGUCUUCCAGGCCUACCAGCUACCUGCUGAUGACUACACCAGUCUGAUGCCUGUUGGUGACCCACCUCGCACUGUGUUACAAGCCCCCAAGGAAUGGGUGUGUUUGUAGGAGAGAAAGCCAGGAGGUAAGAGCCAGCUGAUAUCCUCAGUGAACAUGUCUCUCCUGCAUCCAGACCAGCACCCUCAACCUGGUAGCUUCUUUCUGGCUUGUCAAAGCUCUCAGAAGGUACCUAGAGGAGCCCAAGCCCCAGCUCCACCCUCCACUUAUUCUUCUGUCUGUUUCCCCCAAAGACAAUGGCUGAACCCUGCAUGCAGGGCUAGGGGUGGAAUGGGGCUAACCGGCUCCUGAUGGCCUGAGCCAGGCAUCUUGACUGGCACCUGGAGAGCCCUUUAGUGUGUCCUGGCUGUGGCCCAUGCCAACAGAUACGGUGGGGCUGAUAGGUCCAUGGCAGGCUUGCUUUCUUUUUUAAAAUGGAAGCUCUGGUACCUUCAAUGUAUGAUUCCUGGGAGAAUCAAGGGUCCAUCUGAGCCUCUGAGUAAAGAUCCCAAUGUUCUACCUCCCCCUGUCCCUCUGGUGAGGGAUAAGGAGGCAGAGGGAGCCAGCCCUACCCUCAGAAUAUCUGGACCUCAGAGACCAUGUUGUGCCAGGGAUGGUCCCACCUAAAGAUGCUAGCCCCUCCCGAGGUGGGCAUAAGGAGUAACAGAUGGCAAAACCACGAACUAUUUUGAUGGACUGUGCUGCAGUAUCACCAGAAGACAUUAGGGGGCAGGAGGCCCCCACACAAAAACUCAGGCUUGACUUUUAAAGGGGACUUAGCCAACUUUUCUUGUAUGCCUUCGGAAAGCCAGUUGCCCUGAACCCAGCAGACACUGUGGAAUGUCCUUUGCACGCAUUAAAUGGUACAGAACUGAAGCCUCAGAAGCAAUUUGGAACUCGAUUUUCUCUUCCUUAAAUGAAAAGUUAUUAACCAAAUGGACUUUUUAAAAGCCACAGGACCCUUAACUUUGCCCCAAAGUGAGGAGCUCCACACCAACCCCAGGCACAGGAACACUCAGACAGAUUAAGGAGACUGUUGACCUGUCAUUGUUUAUUAUUUCAGCACUAAAACUGAGGAGCCUCAACUGCUGGCUCUUCUUCCCUUUGUAUUUGUGUAAGGAGCACCGCACUCCCAUAAAAGGUUUUAAAAUACAAAAUGUACAAGA